GAUAACUUAUCUGGUGUUGUCCUACCAAUUCUGACAGAAACACCAAUAUUGCUGCAGAUACUGAAAAUGGCUCUCCAAUCAAAAAAUCAGAAAAAUGAAUUGAGCGGACCAAAGAUGGAGUGGCCGCACGAAUGUGCAGGCAACUUCAUCUUGAUAAUGGAACUUAGGAAGAAGAUCUUCACCUUCAGAGACAUCAUUGACCUGCCACCUUGUGAUGGCACUGAAAGCAUAAAUGAAUUAGUUUCAAGAACAAUGAUAGAUCUGCACAAUUUUCAUCCUGAUAGCAUAUCGAGAAGCCAACUGUCAGAAAUUAGAGGAGCAUCUAUCGACAAGGUUCUAUUUUGCUAUUGUGAGGCUUUGAUAUCCAUUGGAGAUUCGUGGAUGGUGAAUCAAUCAUGGAUAGAAGAAGUGACAUCUGAUAAGUUUAGCAAUAUUGAAAACCUCACUUCAGAAAAACUUGUUGAAAUGACACUGGUAAUACUCAAUUGCCUAAUAAACAUAGCAAAAGAGAAGUUUGAUAUUAUGGACGAAGAUGAGCAGUGGGAACAUACUAUACCUGCUAGUGCAUUUGGAAAAGUUUUGAUGGCCUCCUAUUCAGAAAUCAACACCUCCUACGGCACUUCUCCUGUCACCCCAACAUCUGUUCUGCCCUCACAGUUUAUGGGUUCUCUGACUUCAGAUGAAUUUGGAAAUAUUUCGUGUUCAUCACCUCUUCUCCGGUCUUUGAGAGUUCAAGCUGUGGGGAAAUUGAACCCAGUUGAUAUGAAACGCCUCUCGUUCCACAUGCCUCCAAAUAUGGGAGGUCGAGGCUACAGAACUUCGAACCUAAAGAAAAAUGAGGAUGAUGAGAUAAUGGAAGAUGUAGAAGCUGAGAGUAAAUCCUUGAACCAAAGGAACAACGUAGAUGAAGAAAUGGUAUUUGAAAUAGAAGCAGGUGACAAUUCUGAGGGAACAGAAGUUGCAAAAGUCAACAAUGAAAGCGAUUGCUGUAUGGAAAAUAGCACACCAGAGAUUGAAAUGGCUGAGGCAACUCUGACCCCUGAAGCCAGAGAAUUUUUAAAUACACCAGAUAUAUUGUCACACUAUGUAGAAUCAGCUCCGCCACCCACUUCCACACUGAUAUCACCCAUGUCAUGGGCUGAUGUAGGAGCACCAUUGCCACGAUGUGAUCCACUGCCAGCACCUAUGCUGCAACCAAAUAGAGCAGCCCUACCUCCUCCACCACUAUUUGUGCAGCAACCAAAUGUGAAGCGGCAACUACCACCAUCCCCACUAUCACUGCCUCCACCCAUGUUGCAGCACAAUAUAGCAAAAGCAGUUGCCGAGCUGUCACAAUUGCCUUUGCAAAUACUCUUGCCACUACUGCUGCCACCACCACCCAUGUCACUGCCUAAUGUAGCAGCACAAGUAGGUGCUCUAAAGGUCCUGCCACCACCAACACACACCCCUAUGCAAUCAGAAACAUUAACAGGAGUACUACCACUGCCACCACCACCACCUCCAUCAUCCACGAUUUCUUCAAAUGGAUCAAUGUCAUUGAUGCCUGCACCACCCUCAGCACAAGCAAAGAGAGCUGCUCCACCACCACCUCCACCUGGUGCCACAAGAUCCUUAUGCCCAAAGAAGGCACAGACAAAACUGAGGAGAUCAAAACAAAUGGGUAAUUUGUAUCAUAUUCUCAAAAGAAAGGUGGAAGGAGGAAAUCCAAAUAUUAGGUCAGCCGUACGAAGAAAGGGUUCACCUCCAUCCUGCAGUGGUGGAAAACAAGGAUUGGCUGAUGCACUAGCAGAGAUGACAAAGAGAUCAGCUUAUUUCCGACAAAUUGAAGAAGAUAUUCAAAAGUAUUCAAAGGCUAUCACGGAGCUGAAGACUGCUAUCAUUAGUUUCAAAAAUAAGGACAUGGCUGAGCUUAUAAAGUUCCACAAACAAGUUGAAUCUGUCCUUGAACAUUUAACUGAUGAAACACAGGUGCUUGCAAGGUUUGACGGUUUCCCAGAAAAAAAGUUGGAAGCAUUAAGGACAGCAGCUGGACUACACUCAAAGCUGAAUAGAAUAGUACAUGAACUUCAGAAUUGGGAGAUUGUGGCUCCCUUGGGGCAACUCCUUGAAAAGACAGAACGUUAUUUCAGCAAGAUCAAAGGAGAAAUGGACACCUUGGAGAGAACCAAAGAUGAGGAAUCCAAGAACUUUCAAAGUCAUAAUAUCCACUUUAACUUCCAUAUCCUUGUGCAAAUCAAGGAAUCACUGGUGGAUGUUUCUUCCAACUGCAUGGAACUUGCACUGAAGGAGAAGAGAGAAGCAAGAACAGCAAACCGUAAUAAAACUAAUGGUAAAAUGUUAUGGAGAGCUUUUCAAUUCGCAUUCCGAGUUUAUUCCUUUGCUGGUGGACAUGAUGAUCGUGCAGACAAGUUGACAAGGGAAUUGGCUCAUGAAAUAGAGACUGAUCCCCAUCACAAGUAAUUACUUGAAAAACAUACAUAACCCUUCAAAGAAAACAAAAAAAAAAUGUACAUAUAUGUUUGUAGAUUAAAAAGAAAAAGGAAAGAAAACCCCAUUG